UUAACCUGUCGCUUAAUGCAACGUUUUUUUAACGAAUUUUUUGCAAGUGACGAAGUUAUAAAUAGAAGUGCCAAUCAAAGGUCGCUUCAGUCAGUGAUCAGCCGUUACGGGGAGAGAUCACGUUUUUUGAGACUUGUCGAUAAGGUUGAUAGUAGAACCGAUUACGUGAUGAUGGACCGUAGGAAGUUUUAUAAAAAAGUAAUAUCCGAAUUCUCUCAGGUACGGGCUAAACGUAAAUUAUCCUUCGAAGACGAAAUAGCAUCAAACCCUACACAGGAACAACAAUCUUCGGAAUUAACUUCAUUAUUGGAUAAUAAUCAACCCUUGACAAGCAUUGAAAAUAUGGGUGACCAUGUUUCAUCUUCUAGAAUAUUUUAUAAAAAUCAUCAGUCAAUAAGUAAAUUAGAAAUACACAAAAACAUCGAUGUCCCACAAAUAGAAUGUUUGCAAAACAAUAAUACCGAUGGCCAUAAUACUGAGACUCCACCAACCUUGGAAGGAAUAGUUGACACUGUUGCAGAGUUUCAACGGACUAUUGAUAGCAAUGUAAUUGAUAGCAAUGUAAUAACGAACACAAUGGAAAAUUUAGUCGCCAAAGAUGCUGCUUCUGCUCCUAUUAAUAUUAAGCAAAAUACAAAACAAUCCAAACGACCCAGACUUAACAAAAAGACAUAUUGUGAAUUUAUCUCCGAUAAUGAAGACCCGUUUUUUACUGAUGGUUCUAGUUCGUGGAGUGAUACAGAGGUCGAUCACGUAAAAAGAAUAUGGGAGAUGGAAAAAUGCAUUCAAAAAACUGUAGAUAAUGAACACUUUAUAUUUUUCUAAAUAAUUGUAUGGUCUUCUGGAAUCUUCUACAACAGCACAUGCCGUUAUGUAACUGAUUUGCCAUUCAGCGUUAUUUUGAAAAAUAAAGUUUUAACAAAAGUAA